AUGCCGACGGUUGAAGUAGACACCUCGGCCGGCGCCGAGAGGCACAAGAUGGAUUCGACUUCCCUUACGCACACAGUUCUUGAGAAUAUUACCAAUUUAGAUGAGUCUCUGUAUGAUGAGCCUCAACAGCUGCAUUCAGAGUCUUCUGGGUUCCCACGAACGCCAUCACCGCGAAAGCAGGUCGACGCGGAUUUACAUCCCCUGAGAAGCAAUCCGGUUACCUCUUCUCCGGAGGAAGAAAGCGCCCGUGAAUCACUAGACCUUUCGCGACGGGGUAUACAUAUACCAACACGUACCAGCUCGACUAGGAAAGCAUUCUCCUCCAAACGGCGAUUUCUGCGAUCGACCAGCACUCCAGUACAAUCAAUUAGAUCACAUUCCAUCAAAACAACGCCACGGUCCUUUUCUGGAGCUAAUAGCUCCACCGAUUCCUUUGUCUCGUACGAAACAGUGACCCCGACCUUCUCUAGAACAACGCAAAGAUUAUCGCCCCAGCCAAACCUGGUCUCCUCUCCUGUCACAGACCGGCUCGAUCCCUUACUGGAAGAUGAUCCCAGCUCAUUCGAUCUCGUACCACCUGAGAACCGUCGAUCGCACAGACGCGAGACCGCCCUCGAUGCCCUUGCAGAGCGACUGUUCUCAAAACUGCACCUUGAAGCUAUUUUCCGUGAUACCUCGUCCCUCGCUCCAUUUACGUCCUUCAUCACGAACUCCCGCCCAAACUCCAUCCCGAUCCUACUGUACUACCUCGACGCUCUCAAGGCUCUCCGAGCUAUCAACUACGCUAAUGCCAUAGCCGAAACCUUAGAACCGUUAGAUGACUACGAGUUCACGCAGCAUCCGCCUCGACCGACGGUCAAUGCCGUCCUGGAAGAUAAGGCCCGGCAAGCGUUUGACGUACUCGUCCGAGAUGAGUUACCAGCUUAUAUCGCGCAUGUCUUCAGCCAGGUUGUCAGUGAUAGUAUCCAGAAGCGCGUUGCUGGGCAAUCGCCUGCGGUGCUGCAAGAAUGCGGCGAGGGGUUGGCCGAGGUGUUUUGUAUCAGCGACCCAUCAAGGGAAGAUAAUCCGAUUAUUUUCGCUUCCCAAGAAUUCCAUCGAACGACGCAGUAUGGUGCGUCUUUUGCUCUAGGCCGCAACUGCAGGUUUCUUCAAGGUCCGAAGACAAGUCUUCACAGUGCAGCGCGAUUGCGGCGGGCUGUUAGCGAGGGUAAAGAUAUCACUGAGCUGCUUCUGAAUUACCGUCGAGAUGGAACCCCUUUCAUGAAUCUCCUCACCAUAUCUCCUCUCCUCGACUCGCACGGACAACUCCGGUACUGGCUAGGUGCGCAGGUCGAUGUCAGCGGGCUUGUUAAGAAUGCCACAGGCUUGGAUACUUUUGAAGAACUUCUGAAGAGGGGACACGGAGAGAGGGCAGUGACGUAUGAUGAAACAAAGGACGAAUUUCGCGAACUGAGCGAGAUGUUUAACGAAGCGGAAGUGGAGACACUAAGAAAAUUCGGAAGCAGUAAGCAUCGGGAGGUCCUCAAACAUGGCGGCGAAGAAGCGACUACAUCAAUAUUAAAGCAUAGCGCAAUGCUUUGUGAUAUACGUCGUCGGGACGGGAGGAGCCCGGUGGCACCGGGGCCUCCAUCAGAAGGCGGACCCUACAAACAUUACCUCAUCAUUCGCCCUACUUCCACACACCGUAUCCUCUUCGCCUCCCCUUCCCUCCGACCUCCGACCCCGACUUCCAACUCCCUCCCCCAAACUCCGUUCCUCGACCAUGUUGGGGGCUCCACCCGCGUGCGCAAUGCCCUGGCCGAAGCCCUGAUGGACGGCACCCGGGGUGUCACCGCCAAGAUCCGCUGGCUCGCGUGGGCGGGGGACGAAGAGGGGAGGAGUAUGUGGAUCCAUUGUACGCCGCUGUUUGGAGAGAAUGGAGCCGUGGGAUGUUGGAUUGUUGUGCUGGUUGACGGGGAUGGGGAUGACUGGGAGGGCAAGAGGAGGAGUGGCUUGACGGGGUUAAGGGAGGCACGGGUCGUGGAUGGGCUGGGGAGUUUGCGGGCGGACCACGUGAGGGGGAAGGGGAAGGCGAGGGGUUCGGAGAGGGAUGAGAUGGCUGGUCUUCCGGUUGAUGGGAAUGGUGUAAGUGAUGCUGGUGCUGGCGGGGAAGAUGCUAGGGGCAGGAAGGGGAAGAGGUAUUCGCUGCCGUUGGAGAGUAUGUCCUGGAGGGAGGACGGUGGAGGUGAGAGGUAUCGGAGUAGGCCGAGGAGCCUGGUUGUGGGAGAAAAAGUCGAGAGGCUGGCGACGCCGUCUUCGUCGAGGAUGAGUGCGAAGGGGACAAGUGUACGGUCUUUUGGGCUGGGUUGA